AUGUCCAUUGAUUCGGAUAUCCUGAGUACCGGCGCAGAUUCUUCGGGUAUUGACUUUGUAGUCCAGUCACAAAACGGUAUCCGGAAGCUACGUAUGAGAUUCUGGAGAGGGCGGAGAGUAGAGGGGACAUGGACGAAGCUGCAGGUUUGCUCUGCAGCGUGGGAUUGUAUUCAUUUAGUGUUGCUUGGAAACACGACAUCCUCGACAUGUGUGCUUCGGAUCCACCGUGCAGAAAGCGGCAUUGAUGAAUAUACGGGUACUUCGGUGAUGACCGUUGUCGAGACGGGCUCAGUAUAUCAGAACUGA